CAUUUUAUUUUGUAUUUACCAUCGUUAUAAGUAUUGAACUGUUUAUGCAGGGACGGGGCCCUACAUUUUUUCGAUACGGAUAUGAACAACAUGAAAGCUAGAGGGAAGGAUUGUUGGUACAAAUGGCGUCGGCUGAUAGAGGGGAGGAAGUCGGUAGUAUCGCGCCGGCUGCGCAAGAGCAGCCUCUGAGGCAGAUUUUCCAAUAAUGAACAACCCGUGGUAACUGUCAGUCUGCUCGUGGUGCAUUUCGUUGACUCUUGCUGCGCACAGUGUGUCCCGGCGUGUGUUAAAAUGUGCUGUACGAUUUAUUAAAUAUCCUACCGAACGCGGAUUACUCGAAGAACAAUUGGGAUCCUGCUCUGAAAUAGGUGCGCGCGGAAUCAAUAAACACGCGAUGGAGAGAAGAAAGUGAUCCGAAAAAUCGCAGCGGAAGCCUCCACCGUUCCCGACCCGGAGAGUUCACGUGAUGAUGGAGACUUUCCUCGACGGCCGCGUCAGUAUAGAAGCCGCGUAGGAAACAGGAUCGUAAAACGGGAACCCCGGGCGUCGUGAUACGGAUCCAAGAUGGGCAAGUGUUGCAGCAAGCGGCAAGAGUCACAGCCCCUCGGUUACAAGAAGGCGGACACAGGGCUAAGCUCUAAACACAGCAAUGGAGGCUCCUUGGACCGUUACACUGCCGACCCGAAUCAAAGGGGUGUGCAAGCAAGGGCGGACAUCAUCCGGCCGAGGCCGACACCUUGUAAGCUACAGAUACCGCACCAACCCCGUAAAACAAGCUCGCCUGUCGUUAUGCCUGCAUCGCAUUCACAGAGGUCGAACAAGAUCGUGGUGGCCCUGUACAAUUACACCGCGCGCGAGAGCACCGACGUCAGCUUCGUGAAGGGCGACCGAAUGGAAGUAUUGGACGACUCGGAGCCCGACUGGUGGAAAGUUUUGCACUUGACAACUUUACAAGAGGGUCUGAUUCCCUGGAACUUCGUCGCUGUCGAGCGUUCGGUGGAGAGCGAAGACUGGUUUUUCGAGAACGUCUCGCGCAAGGAGGCAGGCAAGCUGUUGCUGGUCGACGAGAACCCUCGCGGAACGUUCCUGGUGAGACCGAGCGAGCACAAUCCAAGAGGCUACAGUUUGUCCGUGAAAGACUGGGAGGAGGGGAGGGGCCAUCACGUGAAACACUAUAAAAUUAAACCACUGGACAAUGGAGGCUUCUUUAUCGCCACCAACCAGACAUUCCCUACUCUGCCGGCCCUUGUUAUGGCGUAUAGCAAAAAUGCGUUGGGUCUUUGUCACGUGCUCUCGAAACCGUGUCCGAAGCCCCAGCCAGACAUGUGGGACCUCGGGCCAGAGCUACGCGACAAGUGGGAGAUCAACAGGAACGAGAUACAGCUGAUCCGCAAGCUGGGCCACGGUAACUUCGGCGAGGUGUACUACGGCAAGUGGAGGAACAAAAUCGAAGUGGCUGUGAAAACGUUGCGACCCGGGACCAUGUCGACUGAAGCAUUCCUACAGGAGGCCGCCAUCAUGAAGCAGUUCCGGCAUAGACACCUGGUGGCGUUGUACGCUAUCUGCUCCAAAGAGGAGCCGAUCUACAUUGUGCAGGAGUACAUGUGCAACGGGAGCCUGCUGGACUUCCUCAGGACCGGGGACGGCAAGUACAUGCAGUUCGAGGAUCUGAUCUAUAUCGCGGCCCAGGUCGCGUCCGGCAUGGAACACUUGGAGAGCAAACAGCUGAUACACAGAGAUCUCGCAGCGAGGAACGUGCUCAUAGGCGAAAAGAACAAGGCAAAGAUUUGCGAUUUUGGACUCGCCAGGGCGAUCGAGGACGACGAGUACUGUCCCAAGCAAGGUAGCAGGUUCCCCGUCAGGUGGACGGCACCUGAAGCCAUCGUCUACGGCAGAUUCAGCAUCAAGAGCGAUGUUUGGUCCUAUGGUAUCUUGCUGAUGGAGCUCUUCACUUAUGGCCAAGUUCCUUAUCCUGGUAUGCAGGGUCGCGAGGUAAUAGAACAGAUAAACAAGGGCUACCGAAUGCCGAAACCACUGAAUCACCUGCUGCCGGACAGCAUUUAUCGAUUGAUGUUGCAAUGCUGGGACGCCAGCCCGGAGAAGCGGCCCACGUUCGAGUUCCUGAAUCACUAUUUCGAGUCAUUUAACGUCACUAGCGAAAUACCGUAUCUCGAGCCGCCAAUGGACUGAUACACAGCUCACAUGCAGAGUCACCUGAUGCCGCACGGUCAUUUCCACCCAGCGCACAUUAACUGUGCCAUGGAGUUUUAUG